GCCGCCGGGCUGCGAGCGGCUGCGACCGAGAGAGCCCAAGAGCAGGAGAGCUAGAGAGCGAGCGGCGGGCGCUUGCCCGGCGCCUCCCCUCCGCCCAGCCGCGCGCCCCGCUUGCUUCUCCGCCCCUCCCGACUCGGCCCGGCCCCGGCGCGGCCACAGCCCCGAGCUCUGGGGCGGCGCAGGCAGCCUCGGGACUCUCCGGCGCGCCGCCGCGUCCCCAGACAAAGGCUUGGCCGGCGGCCCCGGCCCGCUGCGCCCUCGGCUCCCCGCCUCCCGGGCUCGCGGCUCUUCGCCCCCGCUCUCGGCUCGGCGCGCCCCGGCCGGCCGCAAAGUUUCCCGGGCGGCAGCGGCGGCUGCGCCUCGCGUCAGCGAUGGCCGCGGAGCUGAGCAUGGGGCCCGAGCUGCCCACCAGCCCGCUGGCCAUGGAGUACGUCAACGACUUCGACCUGCUCAAGUUCGACGUAAAGAAGGAGCCGCUGGGGCGCGCGGAGCGCCCGGGCCGGCCCUGCACGCGCCUGCAGCCAGCCGGCUCGGUGUCAUCCACACCACUCAGCACGCCGUGUAGCUCGGUGCCCUCGUCGCCCAGCUUCAGCCCGACCGAACAGAAGACUCACCUCGAGGACCUGUACUGGAUGGCGAGCAACUACCAGCAGAUGAACCCCGAGGCGCUCAACCUGACGCCUGAGGAUGCGGUGGAGGCGCUCAUCGGCUCGCACCCGGUGCCACAGCCGUUGCAGAGCUUCGACGGCUUCCGCGGCGCGCACCACCAUCACCACCACCACCACCCACACCCGCACCACGCAUACCCGGGCGCCGGCGUGCCCCACGACGAGCUGGGCCCGCACGCGCACCCGCACCACCACCACCAUCACCAAGCGUCGCCGCCGCCGUCCAGCGCAGCCAGCCCAGCGCAGCAGCUGCCCACCAGCCACCCCGGGCCCGGGCCGCACGCGGCCGCCGCGGCGACGGCGGCUGGUGGUAGCGGCAGCGUGGAGGACCGCUUCUCCGACGACCAGCUUGUGUCCAUGUCGGUGCGCGAGCUGAACCGCCACCUGCGGGGCUUCACCAAGGACGAGGUGAUCCGCCUGAAGCAGAAGCGGCGGACCCUGAAGAACCGGGGCUACGCCCAGUCGUGCAGGUAUAAACGCGUCCAGCAGAAACACCACCUGGAGAACGAGAAGACGCAGCUCAUUCAGCAGGUGGAGCAGCUUAAGCAGGAGGUGUCCCGGCUGGCCCGCGAAAGAGACGCCUACAAGGUCAAGUGCGAGAAACUCGCCAACUCCGGCUUCAGGGAGGCGGGCUCCACCAGCGACAGCCCCUCCUCUCCCGAGUUCUUUCUGUGAGUCGUGGCCGGUCCCGGCCCCCGCCCUAUGCCCCGGGCCCGGACUCCCCGUCCCGUGUCCCCCGCCCCGGACUCCCCCCGGACCCUGUCCCUGCCACGGCCCCAGCCUUGACCUGUUUGACUUGAGGGAGAGGGAGGAAGGGCGCGCGGGACGCGGGCGACGGGAGGGCGCGCGGGCAGGCAGGGGACCUUGGCCAAGAGGAGAGCGGCGCGCGCCAGCGCCGCCUCCUAGACUCGAGCAGAGCCAGAGCCAGACGAGGGGGUGGGAAGUCCCGGAGCAACUUUCCUCCAGGCUGGAGGGCGGCGAGGCAUAGUCCCGAGGAGUCGCCAAGGCCGUCUGGAGACUCCUGGCUUUCUGAACUUUGCGCGUUAAGCCGGGGCCGCUGCGUCGCGGCCCGGAGCGCAGUCCAACCCAGGAAGAGAGCAGCGAGGAGAGGAGAGGAGAGGGACCCUGGCGUCCGGCAGGCGCGAGGCGAGGCUGAGCGAAGGAAGGAAGGACAGACGGACCUGUCUGUCCAGGGUCCGGAGAACACUGGCUCUCAGCCCCGAGACGCGGGCCUCAGUUAGGACGUUCUGCGCGCUAUUCUCAUCAGUUUUAUUGCCUGCUCCAUUAUAUAGAAAAAAUACGAAAAUCUGCAUUAAAAAUAUUAAUCCUGCAUGCUGGACAUGUAUGGUAAUAAUUUCUAUUUUGUACCAUUUUCUUGUUUAACUUUUAGCAUGUCGUUGAUCAUGGAUCAUAACCCCCUUGUUUCUUUGAGUGAGAAGGGAUGGCAGUUCAGAAACUCCGGCGGCUGCUUGCCGGGGUUCAGUCCCGGCUGUCGGCUUGUAAAUACCGCCCCGCCAAACAGCUUAGAGAACGUGGCAGCAAGCUGAGUGUCUUCGUUUGGGUUUAUUAUUAUGGCAUUAUUUUUUUGUAAGUAAAAAAAAAAAAAUAGUUCUGGGCAUUUUGCAUCAGAAAACAACUUUGUCUUGGGGCACCCUUGGAAGUUGCAUGUUUUCUCCCCUCUCCCCGUCUCCAUUCGGUCCUCUUGUCCCUUCCGCUUCAGUUUUCAGUUUUGUGGGUGUCGACAGAAAGAGGACCCGGGUCCCAGUUCCUGAAUAUCAGGAGAGGGUAGCUGCCCAGUUCUGCACCCGGGAGGAGCACAGCCCAGGAAUGUCUUCACGCCUACCUUGCUAAUUUGGGUGUCCCAAACUGACACCCUUAACAAGAACGGAAAGGAAAACAGAUCUUAUGUGCUUUUUAAUGCAGUCGGAAUCACCCCAGGGUCCCUUCACAGCCCUCCAGGUCCAUCCACACUAAUUGCUGUGGCUGCGGUGCUCUUAGGGUGAGUGGCUUCACCAGCCCGGACACUGCCCAAUGGUGACCCAAACGUGUGCUGAACCUACCGCCACACUCAGAAAGUACCAGAAACCCAACCAUUGGCAAGUAAUUUUGCAACUUUCAAGUGCGUCCUUUAGACCAACAUGUUCUGUGUGUUUCUUUCCCUGCUUUUGAGCUAGCAGGUGAGUUCCCCCCCCACCCCCUUCAGUUGUAUAGUAGUUAUAGGGAAAAUCUGGGUGUUUUUCUUUAUUACCUUUUUUUUUCCUGCAGGUCAGUAAAAGGAUUUAAGUUGCACUGACAAAAAUACCAAAACGAAAGCGUAUUUUUUAGUUCCCAUUUGAGAUUGCUGGCGCUGCUGGCCGGAUGCAUUUUUGAGUUUGUAUUAGUUGAUAAAUUAACAGUAAUAACAAGAUUGUAUGAACCGCAUGGUGCUUGCAGUUUUAAAUAUUGUGGAUAUUCGUCCUGCAUCAGAAACGAGCUUUGGUUUUUACGGAUUCAACUGUGUUGAAAUCAAAUUUGCUGCAACAGAAAUUUGUUUUUAUUUCAUGUAAAAUAAGGGAUCAAUUUCAAACCCUGCUUAUGAUAUGAAAAUAUUAAAACCUAGUCUAUUGUAGUUUUA